AUGUUGUCAGAGACAUUUACAGAAGGGAUGAAAGUGACAUCGGUGGGGUCUCAGACCGUCCUGAAGGCUAUGGGGGAGAGUGUGACUUUGGGCUGCAGCUACACACCUGAGCCUUUUGAUGCUGGAGAACUUGACAUCGAAUGGUCAGUUGUCAGUCCAGACACCACAAAGAAAGACCAAAUGAUUAUGUCGUACACCAGUGGCACUCGGUACUACCACGGCAACCACGUGUUUGCGGAGAGGCUCAGCUUUGCCGCAGGUGACCCUUCAAAGGGUGACGCGUCUCUCUCCAUUUCUCAGCUGUCACCUCCUCAAAGUGCUACCUACCGGUGUAAAGUGAAGAAGUCUCCCGGGGUGGACACCCGCAAGAUGUCACUGGUGGUAAUGGUGAAGCCAUCAGCCCCUAAGUGCUGGGUGGAGGGAGGACAGCUCGUUGGCGAAGCCUUGUCUCUUAAUUGCCGGUCCACUAAAGGCUCUACUCCCUUGAAAUACACGUGGAGGAGAGAGAGGGCAGACCCCAUGCCUGCUGGUGUCACACAGAACGGCGCAACCGGGGAGCUGAAAAUCAGCAACCACUCACAGAGCUUUGCUGGUGCCUACCUUUGUGAGGUGAACAAUGCUGUUGGAGCGGAACGCUGCAGGAUCAACCUGAAAGCCGACAAGCCUCCAAACAGAGCCGCAGUGAUAGUCGGCACCGUCGUGGGUUCUCUUCUCCUCGUCUUCAUCCUGCUGGUGUUCAUCGGGCUUCUUUAUUGGAAGUUGAGGAGCAGGCACAGCUAUGACAAAGAAGUCUCCAACGAGAUCAGGGAGGACGCAGCACCUCCAGAAAGCCGGCCGGGCAGUCGCCACACACACCGGAGCAGCGGUCAGCAGUCAGAGGCGACCUACUGUCAGGUGGAUGGGAGUGAUAGGAACUUGUCCAGCACUGGAUACGCCAACACGCCAUCCAGCAUCGACCAUGGAUUCACACCCAUCAAAUAUGACAGCAAGUAUGGAUAUCCAGUCUGAUAUUUAGCAACAAAGAUCACGUAAGGAGACUUUACCUCCUUGUGUGAUGAUUAAACGGAUGCUUUGAAACAGGUUGAACAAAACAGACUUUGUCACACUGAUUGAAUCAAUUGUAAGGCUGUUUCCACAGUUAUGCAGUUAUAUUUAAA